AUGGCUGAUGCACAGUUUGACAGCGCGCUCGAUCUCCUUCGGCGUUUAAACCCUCGCGAUACCAAGAAAAACCUCCAAGCCAUCACUACAAUUGUCCCCGAUCUGACCGAAGAUCUCCUCUCCUCUGUCGAUCAACCCCUGGAGAUUCGCCGAUGCAAACAGACGAACCGUGACUACCUGCUCUGUGAUUAUAACCGUGACGGUGACAGCUACCGGUCACCAUGGAGCAAUGAAUUCGAUCCCCCGCUUGAGGACGGCACAGUCCCUAGUGAGCGCGUACGCAAGUUAGAAAUUGCAGCCAACGAGGCCUUCGAUGUUUACCGGGAGCUCUACUACGAGGGCGGCGUUGGAAGCGUGUACUUCUGGGACUUGGAUGAUGGCUUUGCUGGUGUCAUCCUUCUCAAGAAAGGGGUAACCCCCGGUGCCCAGAGCUCGGGCGAGUGGGACAGCAUCCACGUUUUCGAAGCGACCGACCGCGCUCGUAUGUGCCACUACAAAUUGACAAGUACUGUUAUCCUUCAUCUGGCCAGCGAGAGCCAGGCUCUGGGCGAGAUGGACUUGAGCGGCAAUAUGACUCGCCAGGUCGAGGUGGAUAUGCCCGUCGAGUCGGAUGCUAGCCAUGUUGCGAACGUGGGACGACUCGUUGAAGAUAUGGAACUGAAGAUGCGUAACCUGCUACAGGAGGUCUACUUUGGCAAGGCUAAGGAUGUCGUUGGUGAGCUUCGGAGUCUGGGAUCCCUUUCCGAGACAAAUCGGGACCGUGCAACACAACUUGAGAUGAUCAAGUCUAUGCAGAAAUAG